AUGCGUUGCACCAUCGCAUUUAUCGCUUGUAUUGUGGCUACUAGUGAUGUGGCUACCGCGUUCAAGACCGAUGGCGACCCCGAAAAGGGUAACGAAGGCCUCAAGAAAAUCUGCACACAUCUGAAGACCCAGGAUAAGGGCUGUGUUCGCUACACUAGAGGCUACGAUGUUACCGGCGUCCUCACCACAGUCACCCCGAAUGUCAACGACGAAUGUGCCUGCAUCGAGGAAUGCAUCAAAGCUCCAGGCUUCUGUGAUACCUACGUCUGGAAGUACAACGACGAGGGAACACGCCGCACUUGCACUUUGUACUCCAAUUUUAAUCUACCCUCCAAUGUCACGGUCGUUUACGAUGAGCCACCUACCCCUCCUAACCAGGGAUAUGACCCUAUCUCAGGAGGCCCUACUCAGGUCGGGGCUUUAGUGCCUAAGGCCACGAAGGCCGGUGGUGAGAUUGAUGAAGGUGCUGUUUCUGGUCCUGUCUGGCAACUCGAGGGAGGAGAAACACAGUGCUAG